AUGACUAGAAUUCGCAGACAGUCUCAGCACGCCCCAAUAGUCGCCAUUUGUAGCAUUGGGCUGCGUCUGCCCCAAGGCGUUCGGGAUACCAAUGCAUUCUGGGAGGUCCUUGUCAACGGAAAGGACCUCCAGAGCCACGUGCCCGAGUCCAAAUACAACCACCAGGGAUUUGCCAAUACUCUAGGGAAGAAAGGUGCCAUCGAGACGCAGUGUGGCUACUUUGUCAAUAAAGACCUGGGAUCUCUCGACACGAGCCUGUUCUCGAUGAGCCAGAAAGAACUCGAGAGGUGCAAUCCACAGCAGCGCCAGUUCCUCGAGGUCGUUCGCCAAGCACUCGAGAAUGCCGGCGAGGUCAACUACCGUGGUAAAGCGGUGGGAUGCUACGUGGGGACUUUUAGCGAAGAUUGGUUGCAGAUGGCGGCACGCGAACAACAGCACGCCGGAGGCUACCUGUUAACCGGCCAUGGAGAUCUCAUGAUUGCCAACCGCGCAUCGUAUGAGUAUGACUUGAAAGGGCCAAGCAUGGUCAUCAAGACAGGCUGCUCGGCAUCGCUUGUAGGCCUUCACGAAGCCUGUCGCGCACUGCAGAAUGGCGACUGUGUCGGCGCCAUCGUCGGCGGUGUGAAUCUGAUCAUGGGUCCAACCACGACAGCCGCCAUGACGGAAGAAGGCAUGCUCUCCCCGGAGGGAUCUUGCAAGACGUUUGACGCCGCGGCCGACGGGUACGGCCGCGGAGAAGCCAUCAACGCCGUGUACAUCAAGCUGCUGGACGAUGCCAUCCGGGACAACAACCCCAUCCGAGCAAUUAUUCGCGCUUCGGGAACAAACAGCGACGGCAACAGUUCGACGCUGCUGACACCCAACAGCGCUAUGCAUGAGGCCUUGAUGCGCAAGGUUUAUCUAGACGCCGGGCUGGACCCCAGCAAGACUGCCUUUGUCGAAGUCAAACCAAAUGUUGGCCAUUCCGAGGGAGCCUCUGGCUUGACGAGCUUGAUCAAGGCCGUGUUGGCUUUAGAAAACAAUACGAUUCCUCCAAACAUCAAAUUUUCUACGCCCAACCCCAAAAUACCUUUUGAAGACAAGAAGCUCGUAGUACCCACGAAACCAGUGGCCUGGCCGGCUGAUCGUGAUCGUCGCAUCAGUGUCAACUCGUUUGGCAUCGGCGGUUCCAAUGCUCAUGUCAUCUUGGAAGCUCCUCCGGCGAUCGGGCUUCAGACUACAACCAUUCCUUCUGUUCGUCCCAACGGGCCGCGACUCCUGCUCGCCUCUGCCAACACGGCCAGGUCGGCCAAGACGGCGGUGGAGAACAUUCAACAGUACCUGAGCCAACACCCCGCGGUGGUCGAUGACGCUGCGUACACCCUCGCAUUGCACCGAGAUCACCUGCCGCAACGGGCGUUCAUGGUGGCCUCUGCCGACGGCAGAAUCUUGGAGACUUCGUCCGUAAUCAAGGCUCCUAACGCGAAGCCCAAGCUCCUCAUGAUCUUCACAGGCCAGGGGGCCCAGUGGCCUAACAUGGGCAAGGAGCUGGUACAAACAGACGAGGGCUUCAAGAGGGACUUGUCGGCCAUGGACAAAAGUUUGAAGGGUCUGCCGCAACCCCGACUUGGAACAUUGAAGAUAGCCAUGGUCAACUACCUGCGGCGCGCCGGCAUACGCCCGGAUGCCGUUGUUGGUCACUCGAGCGGAGAGAUCGCAGCAGCAUACGCCGCCAACCUGAUGUCACUGGACGAGGCCAUCGUCUCGGCCUACUACAGAGGCUACGUGACAUCGUGUACGUCGAUGGGGGGAGGCAUGGGCGCCGUCGGUCUCGGCGUGGACCAGGUCGCCCCGUACAUUAGCGGGCUGGAAAAGGUCGUCAUCGCCUGCGACAACAGCCCGCAAAGCGUCACGCUGUCGGGAGACGUCGACGUCCUCGACAAGGUCCUCGACCGGAUCCAACGCGACAGGCCGGACACGUUGGCCAGGCGGCUCAAGGUCGACAUGGCCUACCAUUCGCAGCACAUGGAACAUAUUGCCGACUUGUACGAGCAGCUUCUUUUGCAGAGCUUGCCAGCAGUAGUCACACGGGGCAAGGGCGAGAAGAAGCCAUCCGGCGUCGCGCUUCUUCCCAUGUUCUCCUCCGUCACCAACUCGGUCAUCACCUCCCCCAGCGAACUCGGGCCGUCUUAUUGGGUUUCUAACCUGGUUUCUCGGGUUCGAUUCAGUGGAGCCGUGCAGACGUUCCUCGCAGAACAGCAGCCCGGCAGCGCCGUCUUCCUCGAGGUCGGCCCGCACUCGGCGCUCGCCGGCCCCCUGCGCCAGAUCGUCGGCGCCGGCGCCGGGCUGGGCCGUGAUGAAGGUUGCCGCUACGUCUCGGUUCUGAUCCGCGGGCGGGACGCCCGACACACCAUGCUCGCCGCGCUCGGCCAGCUCUACCAGAACAACGUCAGCGCCGAUUGGUCCGCGGCCAUCGUGGCCUCGGGACCGCGGUCGGUGCUUACGAACCUGCCUCGCUACCCCUGGGACCACAGCGGGGGUUCGUUCUGGUACGAGUCCCGCUUGUCCAAGGAGUUGCGCAUGCGGCAGGUCGGCCACCACCCGUUGCUGGGCUUGCGCAUCCACGAAAGCUCGCCGCUUGAGCCCCUCUGGCGCAACAAGUUGACCCUGGUCGGCGAGCCGUGGCUUGCGCAUCACAAGAUUCGUACCGACGCCGUCUUCCCCUUUGCCGGCUAUCUCGCCAUGGCCGGCGAGGCCGUCCGGCAGCAUACCGGGAUCGAGUCCGGGUACCAGGUGCGGGACGCCUCGGUGCACUCGGCCAUGAUGCUGUCGGACGAGGAGGUCGAGAUCGUGACGUCGCUGAGGCCCCGGAGGCUGACCAAAACGACCGACUCCAGCUGGUUCGAGUUCUGCAUCGUGGCUUACAACGGUGUCGGCUGGACCAAGCACUGCGACGGCCAGGUCAGGGCAUGCACCGAGCAGCCUCCGGUUGCUUCCCCGAGACCGGAUCCUGAGACCAUGGUCCGCCGUGUCGGCAAGAGUCAGUGGUAUGAGAACAUGGACAACAUAGGCAUCGUCUACGGCCCCGAGUUCCAGUCGCUGACCGACAUCGCCUCGUCCGUAACGAACAACGUGGCCACCGCCGUCGUCCAAGCAGGCGAGAACCGGGCGGCCGACCCGGCUUUCCCUCUGCACCCCGUCAUCAUCGACGUCGCCCUGCAGUUGAUCCUUGUCGCUAUGGUACAGGGCGUUGGUCGUCGCUUCGGCCCUCUGAAGAUGCCCACUACGAUCAAGGAACUGACCGUGUUCCGUGGCUCUCCAGUUAUGGACGCUUUUUCCUGGGCACCCCCUCGGGGCGGCGAGAACGAAGUCGGUGUGGAGAUCACGUCUGGUGGCAAUGUUGUCCUCCGUCUCCGUGGUCUCGAGCUGAAGCAGGUCGACAACGACGGCGGCGGCGGCAGCAACAACACGACGUCUUUGUUGUUACAAGAGUCCCACGCGGCAGCCCGCCUUGAAUGGGUUCCCCUGUUCGACAUGGUAGAUCACGCUACGCUCUUCACCCCGCCUUUGUCCAUCCAAGAGGACACAAUCCUCCAGGAGAAGAUGACCCUGCUCUGCAUCCUCGAGAGCGGUCCUGCGGUCCACGGGCUUGAGGCCUGCAACUGGCACUUUGACAAGUUCCGCGACUGGCUUGCCGUGGAGAUCAACCGGGCCGAGAACGGCACGUAUCCGGUUCUCGGAGCUGAAGACGUAAAGACGCUGGUCUCACUUCCUUCAGCCGACCGACGUGUCAUGAUUGACCAUCUCUGCCGGGUCUUGGCCAAGGACUCGCCCAAGGGCGCCCUGGCACUCUGCACAAAGCGCGUGUUUGACAUCGUCCGGGAUGUGUUUGUCGGCCGAACUGAUCCCCUCGACCUCCUCAUGCAGGGCAACCUGCUGACCCGGGUAUACGACUGCAUCAGCUAUGGCAAGGGCGACUUCUUCAAGCUCUUUUCCAAUGCGCGACCCAACUGCCGAAUCCUCGAGAUCGGCGGCGGCACCGGUGGCACAACGGAGAUGAUCCUCCGCCACAUCAUCCGGCCGGGCGGGCUUCCGGCAUACGACACGUAUACCUUCACCGACAUCUCUGCAGGCUUCUUCCCGCAGGCCCGCGAGCGCUUCGCCUACGCCCCGAACAUGGAGUUCAAGGCCCUGGACAUCAGCCGCCCACCUUUCGAGCAGGGCGGGUUCGAGCCCGACUCGUACGACAUCAUUCUCGCGCCCAACGUCAUCCACGCCACCAAGAGCAUCCGGGACACGCUCGGGAACCUCUACCCCUUUCUGCGGCCCGGUGGAAUGCUCGUCAUGACGGAGCUCUGUGCGCUGGUCCGCACGCCCAACUACAGCUUCGGUACCUUUGCCGGCUGGUGGCUCGGCCAGGAUGACGGCCGGCCCCUGGAGCCGUACAUCAGCCUCGAGAGGUGGGACGACGAGCUCAAGGCAUGCGGCUUCUCGGGUGUCGACACGGCCGUCCUCGACGACGAGGAGCCGUACCAGUACUGCGCCGCCAUCGUCAGCACCAAGCCGGUGGGUGUGGGCAGCAGCGGCGGAAAUGACCCCGCCGCCUCCACCGCCGCAUCUGAGUUUGCAGCCAGAACAAUUGAAAAAGGGACCAAGAGCGCGGGGAGUAGUAACCGCCACCCCGAGGUAACCGUCUUGGUAGUUGACCGAACCAGCUCCCUUGCAAAGGGCGUGGUGGCCCAGCUCGAACGGGACGGUUUCCAGGUGUCCGUUUUCACGCUGAGCGAAGAUGCCGCCAUCCCUCACGACCGUGACGUCGUCUCGCUGCUCGACGUGGAAUCCUUCUUCUUCCAAGACAUCACGGCGGAACGAUGGGACGCCUUCCAGAAGAUACUGCAGAAGCACGAGGCCGGGAACAUUCUCUGGGUCACCAAACCUGCACAGGUAAACUGCAAGGAUCCAAGAUCGGCGCAGGCCCUCGGCGUGGCGCGCUCCGUCCGCGCAGAGUCCAAGGUACCUUUUUAUACCCUGGAAGUUGCCAAAGCAGCCGAGGCCAAGUCGACAGAACUGCUGAGUAAGGUUCUGUGCAAGAUACGAAAUGAUGCCGAUGCCACCAAUAAUGGUCUGCUCGCGUCCGACAUGGAAUAUGUCAUUGACGACGGCGUCAUCAAGGUUGGCCGCUACCAGCCUUUCUCCCUCAUGGAGGAGCUCCGCCAGAUCUCUACCAAGCACCCAGCCGAAGCCGGGUCUCGGGUGGUUUCGAUGACGACAAGUCUGCAAACCAAGCACGCCGGUUCACUCGAGAACCUUGUCUGGGUCAGCAAAGAGGUGGCCCAGCCCGACGCGUCCGGCCUUGGGGAUGAUGAGGUUGUUAUUGAUACCCGUGCGGUUGGCCUAAACUUCAAAGAUGUUCUAUUCGCCAUGGGUGUUUUGAGGCCUUCCGGCGGGGAGACGACGGUCCCCUUGGGCCUCGAGAUUGCAGGUGUGGUGACCGGCAUUGGACGCAACAUAACUGGGCUGGCUGUUGGGGACAGGGUCAUGGCCAUGCCGCCGACGUCCUGCUUCCAAACAGUCAUCACCACGCCGGCCGACCUCGUCGAGAGGAUCAGUGAUGAUAUCACUUUUGCCGAAGCUGCCACGAUUCCCGUCGUCUUCAGCACGGUUAUAGAGAGUCUAAUCAACAUCGGCCAACUGGAAAAGGGACAGUCCGUUCUCAUCCACGCAGCAACCGAUGGAGUUGGUCACGCUGCCAUCCAAUUGUGCCAGUUUAUUGGCGCAGAGAUCUACGCCACCGUCGGCAGCGAAGCCAAGGCCCAGUAUCUUGUCGAGACUUUCGGUAUUGCACGAGACCACAUCUUCAACUCUCGUGACGCUUCCUUUGCCGUGGGACUGAAGAAGGCGACGAGUGGACGCGGCGUUGACGUUGUCCUCAACUCGGUCUCGGGAGAACUCCUCCACGCGUCUUGGGAGUGCGUAGCUACCUUUGGAAAGAUGAUUGAGCUCGGCAAGCGAGACAUCAUUGAGGAGGGAAGCCUCAACAUGCGCCACUUCUUAGCCAACAGAUCGUACUGCUGCGUUGACCUGACUCUGAUGUGCCAGGAGCGUCCGCAAAGAGCUAGAGGACUGCUGAAAAGAUGCACCGAGUUGCUCAAGGCUGGCGCCAUCAAGCCGCUGAACCCUAUGUCGACUUUCGAGGCCAGCAACGUCCAGGACGCUUUCCGGUGGGUUCAGGAAAGCAGCCACAUUGGAAAGGCCGUCGUCAUGAUGCCGGAACACAUCGGCUCGCAACUCGAAAGCACGCCGGAAUCGCCACCGCUUAGUAUGGAAGACAAAGCUUCGUAUCUCAUCACCGGCGGUCUAGGGGGUCUCGGUGUCCCCAUUGCGACCUGGCUCGUCGAGCGUGGCGCAAAGUCACUCGUCUUCCUCUCUCGGACCGCGGGCCAAAAGCCCAAAGACCGGGCGCUCAUAGCCGAACUCGAGGCGGCGGGCUGUUCAGUCGUCUGUGUCGCAGGCCACGCCGAGUCGCCCGCCGACGUGCAAAAGGCCAUAUCCUUCUCGCCCCACCCCAUCAGGGGCGUCCUUCACCUUGCUAUGGUGCUGCGCGACGCGCCCAUUGCCAGUAUGGCCUACGACGACUGGCUUGCCGCCAACAACCCCAAGAUCGGCGGAGCAUGGGCCCUGCAUGAAGCCUUCAAGAAGACGCCGCUUGACUUCUUCGUUAUGGCCAGCUCUUUAGUCACCGUGGUGGAGCAGCCGGGCCAGGGCAACUACAGCGCCGCCAACACGUUCCUCGAGGCCUUUACGCAGUACCGCCGCGGCCUCGGCCUUCCGGCGUCUAUACUCAACAUCUGCCCGAUUGACGGCGUCGGCUUUGUGGCUGAAAACCAGUUCGCGCGGAAGAACAUGAAGGCCCAGGGGUUGUACUUCCUCCGCGAACCGGAGCUGCUCGACUUCUUGGAACUCGCAAUCAAGCUGUCGCCGGCGUCGGUCAGAACGAGACCACCACGUUGCCCGACAACCGCUGCCGCCGCCCAUGAGAGUCGCGAGGAGAAGGACGAGUCAGGGUGGCAGAAGCCUUGGGUCAGCACUGGCCAGGUCAUCAUGGGCCUUCGAUCCGAGGAAGACUUGAACGACCCUAACACGCGCACAAACUGGCGCCGAGAUCGUCGAAUGGGAUUCUACCACAACUUUAGGGACAGUGCCGAGUUGGGCCACGACUCCGGACAGAAAAAGUCCUCGGGCGAGUUGACGAAAUUCCUAGCGGCCGCGGCAGACAGCCCGGCUUUGCUCACCACAACCGAGAGCGCCGAGUUUCUAGCCAAGGAGAUCGGUUCCAAAGUGUACGAUUUGAUGCUUAAAGAUGAUGCGGAGGUGGACACGUCCUUGACGCUACAGCAGCUCGGACUGGAUUCGCUCAUGGCGAUUGAGUUGCGACGCUGGUGGAAGGUUGCCUUUGGGCUAGAAAUUAGCGUCCUGGAAAUUCUUGCUGCUAGUAGCCUUGAACGUCUUGGCAAGGUAGCAGCUUUAGGAUUAAUAGCUAAGUUUAAACAAGGCUGA